CGUUUCAUGGCGAAUAACAGCACAGGCUAAUGGCGAGCUAGCGUCUCUCCCCCUCUCACCUGCCGUUAAAGUCUGAAGAAUAUAGUAUGCAGCAGCCUUUGAAAAAGUCCCAGAAAGAGUUUACAUAAUGGAAACGCGGGGGAUUGAUCAGAUGUUCGACUUCCAGCGGUUACCAAAUGAUCGCUUCAUCCUGCUGCUGUUGCUGCUGUACUCCCCUGUUGGCGUGUGUUUGAUGCUACUGCGAAUAUUUAUUGGUGUCCAUGUGUUUCUAGUGAGUUGUGCACUACCUGACAGUAUUGUCAGAAGGUUCAUAGUGAGGAUCAUGUGUUCAGUGCUGGGUCUGCAUGUCCGGCAGAAUAGCCCACACUUGCGGGACAAAACCUCCCAACUUUACAUCUGCAAUCACGUUACACAUUUCGACCACAAUAUUAUCAACCUUCUGACCUCCUGCAACACGCCACUGCUGGAGGGCCCUGUGGGGUUCUUGUGCUGGGCGAGGGGUUUUAUGGAGCUGGGUCAGGGUGUACAGAGCAGGACGGAGCUGAUGGAGACCCUCCGCAGGUAUUGUUCAUCUCCUGCCACUUUGCCCCUACUGCUCUUUCCAGAGGAGGACACCACCAAUGGCCGAACCGGUCUCCUCAAGUUCAGCUCUUGGCCUUUCUCUGUGUCUGACGCCAUCCAGCCUGUGGCAUUACUGGUGAAGAGGCCUUUCAUAGCUUUGAACACACCAGAAUCCUCAUGGCUGACAGAGCUGCUAUGGACCUUUUUUGUACCAUUCACCGAGUACCAUGUAAGAUGGCUUCCACCAUUGUCUAAAGAAGAUGGUGAAUCCCAUCAAGAAUUUGCCAGCAAAGUACAAGAGCUGCUGGCCACGGAGCUGGGUGUGAUCUCCACACAGAUAACUAAAGCAGACAAAGCCGAGCAUAUCAAAAGGAAAAGACACACUGCAGCUCAGAAUGCACAUUCAAGUAAGAACGGAUUCAAUGAUUUGGGUGCCAGACCUCGCACAAUGGCACAGGGUUUCCUGGCCACAAAUGCAGGAGCUGAAGACUCACGAGUAGCAUGUAUGGCACAGCAGGUGAAAGAGGUGCUGCCUGACAUCCCGUUACCGGUCAUCACAAGAGAUCUGUUGCUGACCAACUGUGUGGACACAACCAUAACCAACCUCCUGGAGCAUACUGAACAGUUCAGCUCGGAGGCGGCUGCGGGCACACCUACAGCCAAACAAACAUCUUCCUCCACCCCAUCUGUAACAGCGAUGAGGGAGAUUGUGCACUUACAGGCUGGACAGUGCGGCAACCAGAUUGGUGCUAAGUUCUGGGAAGUCAUUAGUGACGAGCAUGGAAUUGACCCGACUGGCAGUUACCAUGGCGACAGUGACCUUCAGCUGGACCGAAUUAAUGUUUAUUAUAACGAAGCCUCAGGUGGAAAGUAUGUUCCACGUGCUGUGCUGGUGGAUUUGGAGCCUGGUACGAUGGACUCUGUGAGGUCUGGUCCAUUUGGUCAGAUCUUCAGACCAGAUAACUUUGUUUUUGGCCAGAGCGGUGCUGGAAACAACUGGGCUAAGGGCCACUAUACUGAAGGAGCUGAGCUGGUUGACUCCGUUUUAGAUGUGGUUCGGAAAGAGGCAGAGAGCUGUGACUGUCUGCAGGGCUUCCAGCUCACUCACUCCUUGGGUGGAGGCACAGGGUCCGGUAUGGGCACCCUCCUCAUUAGCAAAAUCCGUGAGGAGUAUCCUGACCGUAUCAUGAACACCUUCAGCGUGGUGCCCUCACCUAAAGUCUCAGACACUGUGGUCGAGCCCUACAACGCCACACUGUCUGUCCAUCAGCUGGUGGAAAACACAGACGAAACCUACUGCAUCGAUAAUGAAGCCCUUUACGACAUCUGCUUCCGCACUCUCAAACUCACAACGCCCACAUAUGGUGACCUCAACCAUCUCGUCUCCGCCACCAUGAGUGGUGUCACUACCUGCUUGAGGUUCCCCGGCCAGUUGAACGCAGAUCUUCGUAAACUGGCGGUGAACAUGGUGCCCUUCCCUCGCCUUCACUUCUUCAUGCCCGGUUUCGCUCCUCUGACCAGCAGGGGCAGCCAACAGUACCGUGCCCUGACUGUUCCUGAACUCACCCAGCAGAUGUUUGAUGCCAAGAACAUGAUGGCUGCUUGCGACCCCCGUCACGGCCGCUACCUGACCGUCGCCGCCGUCUUCCGUGGCCGCAUGUCCAUGAAGGAGGUGGACGAGCAGAUGCUCAACGUUCAGAACAAGAACAGCAGCUACUUUGUCGAAUGGAUCCCCAACAACGUCAAGACCGCCGUCUGCGACAUUCCACCCCGUGGGCUCAAAAUGGCCGCCACCUUCAUUGGCAACAGCACUGCUAUCCAGGAGCUGUUCAAGAGAAUCUCAGAGCAGUUCACAGCCAUGUUCAGGCGCAAGGCUUUCCUGCAUUGGUACACAGGAGAAGGUAUGGACGAGAUGGAGUUCACCGAGGCGGAGAGCAACAUGAACGACCUGGUGUCUGAGUACCAGCAGUACCAGGACGCCACCGCCGAGGAGGAAGGCGAGUUUGAGGAGGAGGGUGAAGAAGAGCUUGCUUAAGUCAACCAGUCGGUUUUGUUUAAUGUCCUCUCUUCCUUUUUUCUAAUCUUGUCACUUCAUUUUGUGUUUCUUGCUGUAUUUCCUGUCACUUAAUACCUUUUUAGUUGUACCUUUUUCAUGUUAAUGUUAAUAAAAACUAAUAUUAGAAUGUGA